GAUUCCUGACGCUGAGCGACGGCUCUUCUCGAUCGGAGCCGCGCUGGCCAUUGUGCUUCCAUCGAUGCCCAGCAAUGCUCGCGUCGCACCUCCUGCGCUGCGCCGCGCUGCUGCUGCUCGUGUGCGCCGCCUCGGCGCGGCCCACCAGGCGACCGUUCUUCGUCUACGACCCCAACAACACAGAUCUUAUCGAGGGAGACAUCAUACCUCCAAAGCACAAGAAGCAGCGAUUCACCACCUAUACCGUCGUAAACGACAGGACGCUUACGUGGCCUGACGGCGUUGUGUUCUACAAAUACGAAGCUGAUACUGAGAAUGAGAGUGAGAUUGCCUUCGACAAUGAGGCCAAGGCGGUUAUCGAGGACGCCAUGCAGCUGAUCCAGAAAAAAACGUGCAUCAGGUUUCAGACGCACAGCGACGAGGAGAACUUCGUCUCUAUAGCAUACAGGAGGGGACGCUGCGCUUCGAACGUGGGCAUGCAGGGUGGCGAACAGACGGUGGCGCUAGACCCAAGCUUAUGCUUGGAAUUGGGUCAGGUGGCGCACGAGUUCUUGCACGCGCUCGGCUUCUUCCACGAGCACAGCCGGCCCGACAGGGACGAGUACGUCCGCGUACUGUGGGACAACAUCAUUAAGGCUUCCAGCGAGAGCUUCUGGCGGAACAACGAGACGGAGGCAGACACGCUCGGCGAGCCGUACGACUACGAGUCCGUCAUGCACUAUCCGCAUGACGCGUUCAGUAAACCUGGCUCGGGCUCCACGCUGCUGCCCAAGGCGGCGGAAGUCAAACCGGAGGUACUGGGCAAGGCCUAUCAAGAAAACUUCCUCACAGACACGGACAUUAGGAAACUCAACGUGCUCUACACCUGUGGCAAGGAGUUCUCCGAGCCUUAGACGAGAUUGACGAUUACUUUUUUUUAAUUACGCAAAACGAAUUUCACCCUUUCUUUGCCAAGGCCAUCCAGUACUUUCAAGUCCUAGCGUUAACAAACUGCAGUGGCAUCACAAGUUUGGGGUUAAUGGAUGUGCUCACGUGCCCCACCAGCAGCUGGUCUGCGGAAUGACCGCCCUUUCGUCAACAGACCUGCCCGACGGGGUGUAACAAACGAUACUUUCCGCGCACCACGCUCUUUGGCAACUCCAUUGAUCCUAGCAAGAUGCGCGAGUCUCCAGCACCAAUAAGAACGACAUGGCCAGGGGACACGCUCUGCAUCUUUUCAUAUCGGUCAUCGCCGUGACAGCUUUAAACAUUGCCAGGUCAACCUAUAAUGAGGGGCACAUAAGCGCGAAAUACGAAGCUCACCAUGGUAUUGCCUAGCUCUUCGUACUUGGAGCUGCGCAGUGGUGUCCUUAGUGAACACUGCGUUGAAGACAGUUUUUGGUGAAGUUGUUUAGAGAUCUUGCGCAAGCUGUAACCGCUCAAUAUUUGCGACGUUCCCCUUUUAAAUAAGGAGAGCUUAGCGUUCUGCGGCAAGCAAUCCAUAUAAUCAAUUCACCAUUCUACAUUGUUCUGGUGCGAAGGAACUUGAUCGCUCUUACUCGGGUGUAGGUCUGAAAAUAUCCUCUGCUGGUCAUUUCAGAGCUCUUCAAGAACACUACAUGUGUAUAAUCAGGGCUCGAACGGUGUGAUCUGUAGCUUAAAUGGAGUCAUUAUGCCUUAUGCACACGUUAGAAGGCGUAAUCCGCUUUAUAAAGCCGUAGUAGCGAGCAUCAUAUUGUGGCACAAUGUUUAACCAAGGCUCGCAUAGCUGUUAUCACCACUGCAUUCCUCUCAUCUUUCCACGUAAGCGUAUCGAUAAUCAUUACAAAGGCAGCACUUCUCAUUUCAAGACGCGUAAGGUACUGGAGGAAAGUUUCUAUAGCGUUACUAUUCGUUACAGCGCCACAAGAUGUCAACGGAACUGCUAUACGCGGUAUACCGGUCCUUCAGGGCCGGGUUAUUGAGGCGAUUGUGUUUAAAUGCCAUUCCGUUUCGUUAUUCAGCAGUGGUGUGAGCGGGAAAGCUUUUGUCACCAGGAUCGACAGGCCGUGGCGCGGUGGAUGAUAAGAAAGGAAUAUAAUUAUGCGACCGGAAAUGUUUACAUUAUAACGGGCAAGUUUUCUUGCGUGCGUCUUUGCAUGCACGUCUGCGGUAUGCUAAAGAGGUCUCAUCGCGAUUAAAGUCAACCUACUGUUGUAGUGCUGCUUUCAUGUCUCACACAACUAGUGUAGCCCCUACCAGAGCACUCUGUACAACCAAUCGCGUUUGCAGUAAGAAUACAAUCGUGAGCCUUCCCAUAACAAGCGGGAAAUGUGUGAUAGCGCUAAGGAAUGGUUGAACACUAGUUUAUCGGAUCUCAUGUCUGGGGGUACAGGUGCAUCAGCUGCUGACGUCAUGCCUCGACGAAGCACCUGAUUUCGAACAUUACAGGGAGUAUUCCGAUCUUGCCUAAUUGGAAAAGGGACAGGUAAAUAAUAUUUCAUCAUUCAUUCACGUAUCACGUUGCUUAAAAUUCAGCCAUUUGCGAAAAUAGUUAUUUCCCAAGCUUUCGCUUUUUUCUGCGAAUGCAACGUUUGCUAUCAGAACAAAAAAAAAAAGACUUAUUGAAGUUCCCUUCUGAUGCCUCAUAGGCGACUAUUAAAUAAAUCCGGAAAUAUUCUUGGUCAUACAUUCAUUCACUUUUUAUUCAUUGAGAAACGUUACCAUGCCACUUUAAUUAUGCAAAACCGAACAUUUCUAACGGCUGGACUAUGUCCAGAAAGAAAGAGCGAUACGCAGUCUGUAACUCAGGCCCGCGGGACCAUACCAGAGCUCACAUCAAUGAUGUUUGUAAUCUUAACCUUCCAAGACCUAGGCCUAUAGCAAAAAACAAUGAUAAUUCGGGGGAAGCUGAACAGUUCUGACUGCCUAAUUUUUCCAGCGUCUUGCAACACCCCUUUUUCCAUGUGCCACGAGCUUAUUUGCUGCUUAAAGCCAAGCAAGUGGAAAUCAUUUACACAGCGGGAGUAUGGAGGAGACAAAGUAACUUGUGAAAUGUUCCCAGUUUGAUCCAGCUUCUUUCUUCCGAAGGGUUUGUAAUGCCAUUCCUCAUCCAUCUUGGCGGACCAGCAGUGGCUGUGACGUUUGUCUGUGAGCGCAUGGUUGCAGGUUUCCAUUCCCGGUGGCCAAAUGCGGAAUGCGAAAGUACUCUGCAGCUUUGGUUGCACUAGGAGGGAAACCUGGGUGAGUUACACAUUGCAGAACGAGAGCUGGUCAGAAUUAAUCGGGAUUCCUCCACUACGGCUUCUAUCUUAACCUCCGUAUCGCUCUGGGCCGUUGAAACCCAUCGACCAAUUGAAGCAAAGCCGUGGUUCGAAGAUGGCAUAAACCUCGCAAAGUAAAUGACUUAAAAUAUCUUCCGAAGCUUACCUUACUCGAUGAAUUUAUAACUUUGUGUGAUUUAGCGAAUUUUUCAGAGGUGGUUUGGAAGUUUAUCCCAAGUGUGCGCACUGCGCUGUACGCUUUCCGGGUACAUUCAUUAUACACAGAGCGGAGUGGCUGACGAACACUUGCCAUCUUCGUACACUACAAGGACGUCCUCGGUAGCUUGGUUUAUCCAUUCUCUGUUUACCAUUCCAGCGCACGACAAGCUGUUUAAUUAGUUUCAGCUUCGCAGACGUAGAUGGUGCCACAAGUAUCAAUCGUGAUACUUAUGGAUACAACAAACGACAUUGUGUUGAUAGCUAACAAGCAGAGUGAUUUGCAACGACAGAAAGGCAAGAAUUUAGGUUUAGGCAACAAGUAGUUUUGAAGUGAGGGAAGCUCACAGUGAAAUUAAUUAUAAAGAACGACUGAGGAAUAUGGAAGAAAGCCAAUGGGCUCGGAGAAUGUUGAGGUAUCUGUACAGGAAAAAUAUUGAUUCACAGUGGAGGAAAAGAACUAGCAAGCUUACCAGCAAGUAUGCGGCCUGUAGGGUGAGCAACACAGCCUCAAAGAACGUCAAGCGGAAAGUCAGAGAGGCUCAAAUAAUCUCGUGGGUGGCGGCAAUGGGAAAGAAACCUGCCAUGAGUGACUAUCUACUUAAGAGGAAAGAAACGAAAUCAGGAAAGAAACAAUUUAUGAUAACUCAAAGGGAAGCUCAUUGCUUUUCGAGGCGAUGCCAGGAUGCGUUAGAACACGCACCUAUAAAGCGAGAUAUAAGAAGGAAGAAGCAUGUGCUCGCUGCGGUAAAACUAGGGAAACGAUGGAGCAUGUUUCAUUAGAUCGUGAAGACCUCUGCCCAGCGGUCGAUUUACGCACCACUAGCCUCCUUGAAGCCCUUCGGUUCAGUAAGAGGAGGCGAAAAGUAAACAUGUCCGCAGUAGAGAUUAGUGAGAGGCUAUUGGAAGAUUGGUGGAAAAAAAGUAGGGAAACGACAAAAAACGCAGACGUACAAAAGCAAAGUUCACAUAGGGUGUCAGAGAAUUUGAUUGUGAGAGUUCAUCGUGGUUUUCUUUUUUUUAAACCUAGGUAGGACAUUAGGCAGUAUAAUAGCUAGAGCUUGGUGGCGCAAGCCCCGUUCCAAAGCUCCUAACACCCCUUGCAUCGUGAUCGCUGGUGGUUGGGGGCUGAGAAACAGCAAAGAGAGAGAGAGUGCGCGCCGGUGGCACGUGCUCGAGGGACGGCGGGCAAGCGGGCGUUCGUGGUUUCUGAUGACAGGGAGACACCCGUUCCAUACAACGCUGCGGAAGCUACGCAACAAGUUCGGUCAAGAAAGGCUUCCAUGCGUCCGCGCUUCCCUGCGCGCCAACAGCGUUGGCUGACACGAGCAUGCAUGGCAGGCUCCUCGCGACGCGUCACAGAAAACAAAAACAACGAAAACAAAAAUUUAGAACAACGCACUAGCAGCCGUAUACCACAGUGUGUUUCAAAGCAUUAAAACUUGUUUUAUUCAAUACUGACCCUGCAUUAAAAAACAGUUGCGCACAAUUGCGGUCAAAAAACAUCCAGCUAUGUCCAUGUGCGAACGAAGCCAAUGAAACAAGUCUCUCUAGUCUCCACAGCGUUGACUGCUAUGUAUAGAACGGGGUAUAGACGGUGAGCGUGUAGUAACGCGCUGGCGCGUGCCGUUUCUCACGGUCCGCAAACGCGUGGAAAGUAGUUGAAAUGAAUAUGUUGCAAGUAUGUGCCUGUGGCCAAGCAGUACGCCGGCGUCAAAUAAUCUGGGAUCAGUUUCGUCAGCACUGGGUUUACGAACUCACUGAAAUCGCUCCAGAAGAUUUUUCCGCAAUGCCAGUGCAUGUAAAUGUGGCUGCUGUGCCCGGCACUCGAACCUGUGACGUGGUGUUCAAAAGCGGGAAUCUCUUCGCUGCUGAUCAGUCGGCAGAGAUUUUGGUUCAAGACCGGUCUUUGAAUAAACGAGCGACAUUCGCUAUGUACUUCGGA